AUGAGGCGCUUCAUGUCCCUCGGCAGGUGCGUCACGAUGGUGGAACGCGUGGGGACUGGCGACCAUCGCGGUGCGGCUGCCAUCCGUCGUUGUAAAAUUCCGCCCACUCAUGUAUCUAACGGCCAGUUGGAGGAGCUGCACAAGUCAGGGAUGGAGUUUUUUGAGAAAGGGGAUUUCCGCAAGGCAAUCAGUGCAUGGGAGGCGGUGCUAACCGCAAAUGACGGUGGUGGUGGUGGGAAUUCUACGACAUUGAUGAACUGUCUGAACAACUUAGCCUGUGCAUACGGGGAGACUGGGGACCAUGCUAGGAAACUGAAGCUGCUGGAGCGCUCGCGGGACAUGGUGGCACAUGUUUACGGUGAUGACCACCCACAGUACGGCAUGGUCCUCUACAACAUGGCCAGUGCACAAGAGGAGAUGGGGCAAUACCAGGAAAUGGAAGAUCUUUUGCAGCGCUCCCUCGCACUUCACGAGCGGAAGUUUAACGCAGAUCACCCCAAAGUGGGACGGGUUCUCCUGUUGCUUGCGGAGGCGCACGGUUAUCUUGGUAAACACGAGGCACAGCUGCAGGUGGCUGAACGGGCCGACAAAAUUAUCCGUCGGCACUGUGGCGCAAACCACAUACAAACCACUGUCGCUAUGCUCACAUUGGCCCGCGCGCACGGAGCGAACGGCAACUCAUUUCAGCGCCUACAGCUUGCGCAGCAGGCAUACGACAUACAGGAGACAAGACUGGGGGGGAUGAACCCACAACUAGCAGUUACGCUGGUGGAGCUGGCGAGUGCGUGUGGAGCCAAUGGAGACCACUUUCGACGAAAGGAACUGCUUGAAAAAGCUAUCGAUGUGCAAAAACGGGCGUUUGGCAGCCAACACACAUUUCUCGUGAAAACUUACACUGCACUCGGCGAUACAUAUGGUGAUUUAGGCGAGAAGGAAAACCAAGCCGCUUCCUACUGUGAGGCCCUUGAAAUUGCACGGCAGCGCUACGAAGGAAACCAUAUCACUCUCGGAACUGCAGCCGCCAAGUGCGCGUUGGGCUGUGCACGCGUUGGAAACAUGAAAAAGGCAAGAGCCUUGGUAAAAGAGGCUCGUGCCAUCAUUGAGGCGACAGCUUCAGAAACCCAUCCAGCGGCGGCGCAGCUUCGUCACAUCCAGAAAGAAGUUGAAGAAACCUCUCGUGCUAAAGACGGUUGGUAA